UUCUUAGCUAUUAUUAUCCCCCUGCAUAUAGAAUUCUCAGUAUUGCUAGGAGCAAUAUGAAUCUUUCUUAUAGCAGAAGUUGCUCUAAUUUGAUGGCCAUUCAGCCUUCAUACCACGAGUAUGAUUAUCCUCCUUGUGAUGUAUACCCAUUCAGCAUGACUUCAGAGCAAGCUAUAGCUGAGAACCUCUACGAUGUACCAAGACCAGUCAACACUAAGAGGAAUGAAGAUACAGGACAGAGAUCAUUCAUCAGGAGAAGCAUUAGUUUGAAUAAUGGUCAAAUGUGGAGACUCCAGCUACCUGACUCUGUUGACAGUGGCUCUGAUGGUGUUUCUAGUCCAACUGGUUUACUUGAUGUAACAAGACAGACAAUAUCUGCUCCAGCAAGUCCACUGACAGGCCAACUCCAGCGUGUAGAGCUACCAGGGGAAAUGUUUGGACAACUGAGUCCAAGAGAUAGAUCUAUUUACUAUUCACUGGGAUCUUCAUCAUCAAAACUGGGAAAGCCUUCAUAUGCACAGUUGGGGCUAAUGAAAGAUGUACAAAAGAUUGGCAUCAUGUCAAAAACAGGUCCUAAUCCUUCCUUGAUCAGUAAAUGGAAAAGAAGGGUAUUCAUACUUAAAGGCAACUUUCUAUUUUACUUUGAUCCAGUAGAUAAGCCAUUACCCUCUGCUCCUGUUCUGGGUGGCGUGUACAUCAAAGAUUCAAUCAUUGAGAGAAUAUCACUCCCGUUUGCAAAGAGGGUAUUAAAAAUAUCGCCUCCGAUCGCAAGAAGAAAAGGAUGGAACAAGGAAAGCAGCAGCGGGAUGUUCUACAUAAAGUUUGCUAGUGACAACGGAAGAAAUGAAUGGUAUGGAGAAUUAAUGGCUGUGUCACUGGGUCAUAGAGAAGAGGAUGAAGCAGAGAAAUUUAGAUGAAGCAACUUUCCACAUCUCAAAAACUUCAAGAAAUUGUUACAUAUUAAUAAUCAUCACUUUUUAUGGCUCCUGAACAAUAUAAACUGCAUUUAAUAUACUAUGUACAAAUAUCCAUAAAAUAUAAUUUUUAACACUCGUGUCUGUGGUCCUUUUGUAAUUUCCCUUUUCUUUUUUUCCGUUUUUGCUUGUUUAAGUUCUUUAUCUAUGUUCAAAAUGACA